AUGAAACAGACCAAUUUACAUCAAGGCAAUGUAAAGAAAGGUAGUAAAAUUUGCUUGAUACAGGAAGAUUUCGAAGAACUGGCAGCACACUCAAAGAAUGAAAAAGUUUUACGAUGGAUAUGGCUUACUUGGAGAGAGAAAACAGGUCCACCUUUAAAACGUUUUUAUACGUCGCUGGUAAAUAUAGAGAACAAGGCAGCAAGAAGAAAUGGCUAUACGGACAUAGGUGAAUCAUGGCGAGAAGAAUUAGAAAUACCUUACUUACGACGCCAAUGCCGUCGACUGUACAAUUCCGUACGCCCCUUGUACACGCUACUGCAUGGUGUAGUUAGGUACUUCUUGAGGAAUAAAUAUGGCGAUGUCGUUCCAGAAAGGGGUCCCAUUCCUGCACAUUUAUUGGGAAAUCUGUGGUUGCAAAACUGGGAGUCAUUAGCUGAUGCAAUAAUACCGAAUGUUAUUAAUUUGGAUGCAAGCAUGAAGAACAUGAAUUGGAACGUACAACAUAUGGUAAAAAGAGCUGAAGACUUUUAUUUAUCUUUGAGUUUACCAUCAAUGACAGAUAAUUUUUGGGGCAAAUCUGUGUUUAAUGCUGAGGGAAAUGACAAUGUACGAUGUCAUGGCACUGCUGCGAAUAUGUUUAAAAACGACGACUACAGAAUGCUGUAUUGUUCUGGCGUGUCCUUUCAAGAUUUCAACGUAGUACACCAUGAAAUGGGUCAUAUUCAAUAUUACAUGGCGUACGAGAAUCAACCCGGAUUAUUUCGGCAAGCAAAUUCGGCUCUUCACGAGAGCAUAGGAGAUGCAAUAACGAUCGGUGUUGUGACACCGCAGCAUUUGAAUAGGCUGGGCUUAAUUAAUGAUUCGCUAUUGUAUUCAAUGGAUGAAGGAAAAACUAAAAAUAAAAUAACCAUUCAACCUGUACUUAACGAAGAGGGCACUGUUAACGAAACGAAAUCAACACCAGCUUCAGUCGAAAGCGGGAUAGAAAAAUUGAUCGAAAGUGUGACGACUGGCGAAAUACUUUUACUGAAACGCGCCUUAAAUAAACUGCCACAUAUUCCAUUUUCGCUGCUCAUAGACGAAUAUCGUUGGAAGUAUUUUGAGGGGAGAAUAGAUAUCGAAUCGUUGAACAAGGAGUUUUGGGAUAUGUCCCUGCAACUUCAAGGCAUUUCACCACCCGAAGUAAGGGAAGAAGAGUUCUUUGAUGCUGGUGCUAUUUAUCAUGUGGCUGACAAUACGCCUUAUAUAAGAUACUUUUUGAGCAGUUUUCUCCAACACCAGUUAUUUGAGCACUUCUGUAAAGUUUCUAUCUUCGGCAAUAAACGAGCGAGGGAACCGUUACCUGAAACCAUGGUUUUAAAUAGAUGCGACAUAUAUGGGGCUAAGGCGGCUGGAAAACUUUUAAAG